GCCAAUCGACCUCCAAGCUCACUUUGUGCACACUAGCGCCAGCCGGAACGACAGGGAGUGAAGUGAACACACUGUGCUGCGUAGUGUGUACUACGCACAGUAAUCAGUACUUCUGUUCAGAACUCCGCGCUCCGCGCUAGCAGUUCGCUGCAAGUCCAGUAGCCGUUCUAUUUCAAAGGGCCUUAGUCGCUGCAGCUCAGUGUGUCGUCAAAGCAGUGGCGUCAUGGCGUAGUACCCUGUCGUAAUUCCCCACUGCUUCAGAACCGUAUUUCUUGCACGCCAUUGUCCACCGGAGAACAGAGAUACUACUUAGAGCAAGCGGUAGCAUUGCGUUUUUAAUUGCGAUGACCAGGAUCUACUUCUGUGUGUAGUUUGAAUGUUCUAAUUGCUCAUCGCUGGAGAUAUACGUGGCGUCGUAGGCAACUUCGCAAAGUCAAACAGCAGCAGCAGCAGGAGUGUAGCCUAUAAAGACUCGAGCGCAGGUGCUGGAUCCUUGAAGACCAUGGAAAAUAGCACAAGAAAGCUGCUGGCUUCGCAGUGCCAGAAUGCUGAUGAUGGCGACAAGACCGUGGCAGGACCAAACCCGGACGAUGACCAGGCUGACGCGAAAACCAAGCCUGAAACACCAACCGUUGGCGUGGAGAAAUCUGCGUCGUCUGCUUCUCUUGUUGCGGAGAAUAAGUCAAGCGAAGGAAAGAGCAGUUCUCUUCAAAAGAACAAAAAACGCAACAGCAAGAUCAAUGUGAAUGGCUUCUCUGAUGAACCAUCGUCACACCAUCCCAAUGGUGAUGAACCAUCUCCACUCCAUCCCAGUGAUGCCAGUGAUUCGAUUUCGAGCACCACCAGCACUGUCCUUUCUGCCAAAAAGAGAAAACGCCAAUGCAGCAAUAGGACGACUCCUAAGCGAAACCAGAAAAGGAGUAAAAAGGCGACGCAAGCGUGUGAAUCAACACAGGUCCUUGACCUGCCUGGUCCUUCAUUGGGUUCUUCGUUUAGCAGUGGCAUUCCUUCUACUCCUGCUGCUGCUACCGUGGCAUCACCAUCAACGUCAUCACCGUCAUCACCGUCAUCAGUAUCAGCGUAUGACAGGUUAUUGGAUGAUGUGGAGUCACGGUCUAUGAGCAGUUUAUCAGAAAGGCACAAGGCGCAGGAGCACAAGGCUAACAAGAGUAGAUCUUCAUCCUUGAAAAGUAAUACAGCACAAUUCUCUGACCAACACCAGCAGCAGACUCCGCGAACCGCCAUUUCGUCGGCUCUGUUUGGAGGAAGGCGAAGGAGGCAACCGGAGUCAUCAUCGAACCUUGACGAUCUCCCAUCGCCACCUUAUCAGGUUCGUAGUAGUAGUAGUAGUAGUAGUAGUAGUAGUGUCACGUCUGCAAUUACUGAGCCCAAAAUCUACAGCCCAAUGGUGCUGGUUGCAGAUUUAUCAGCAUUCAAAAGCAUGCCCAGUGCUGCCAAGACAACAGGCGUGCUUGUUCAUUCGACUCCAGCUAGUGAUCCUGCGCAAGUCAACUCUCAUAGUACUGCUGCCCAGGCUAGCUCCACCAGUGCCAAAACAACCUCCAUCGGUGCCCAAGCCACCACCACCAGCUCACAAGCAACCUCCACCAGUGGCCAAGCAACCUCCACCAGUACCCAAGCUAGCUCCACCAUUGCCCAAGCUAGCUCCACCAGUGCCCAAGCUAGCUCCGCCAGUGCCCGAGCUAGCUCCACCGGUGCCCAAGCUACUUCCCCCAGUGCCCAAGCCGCACAGACAAUGGGGCUACUGGUGACUUCUGAAAGAAUUAGUGUAGUAAACGUGGACUCUUCUCUGUUGGCUAUUGAUGAAAUGACGAAUGGCCAGCCAUUGUCAACGUUACCCACAUUAGUUGCAGCAGCGACCUCAGUUGGAAUGUCUCAGCCACACUACCGUAACACCAGCCACAGCCAGCACAAUGAGAUACCUGGUCAUGAUACCAUUGUCUGCCCUAAGCCCAUUGUAGCUUCAAUGUACUUCCUGCAGAAUACAUUGCAACUGCAAGCUGAAGGCGUAGACAGCAACAACAACGGCGGUCGUCAAUACCGAUGUGCAAAGUGUAACCAGUUCUUUGAUGACCCUGUUGCACACCAGAGACACCCUUGCCAUGGAAAGCAAAAGCAGCUCUCCUGCGAAAUUUGCGGGAAGAAGUUCACAAAGCGUGGGAACCUGGCAUCCCAUGAACUUCUUCAUGCAGCGCAAAACAACAAGGUAUUGUAUGCCGCCCGGCAAGAGGCAGUAACUACGGCCAAGCCCUACAAGUGUGAUAGCUGUAAUCGGUCUUUUACUCAUCAGAAUACACUAACCAAGCAUAAGAGAGUGCAUACCGGUGAACGGCCGUUUUCAUGCGCAUCGUGUAGCAAGACUUUCCGGCAAAGAUCUACUUUGAAGGAGCACAUGCGUGUACACACCGGCGAGCGGCCGUACAAGUGUGAUGUGUGUGGCAAAGCCUUCAGCCAGUCUAGUAUGCUGACUACACAUAGGCGUAUUCACACCGGUGAAAAACCAAUGACCUGCGAGACGUGCGGACGAGGAUUCAGUGACCAUUCGCAUUUCAGCAAGCAUCGACGCAGCCACACGGGAGAGAGGCCCAAUCAGUGUCCGGUGUGUGACAAGAGUUUUGUAGCCAGCUGCGAAUUGACCAGGCACAUGCUGACUCACAAUGGCGAAAAGCCGUACGCAUGUGAUCUUUGCGGACAAACGUUCAGGGACCCCAGCCAUUGCAGACGGCACCGGCGCAGAAAUCACCCAGAUGUGGAAGCACCAUCAAGAACGGAUAAGGCGGAGAAAAUGACAUCGUCAAACGAUGAUGGCAUCUCUAACGAUGAAGAUGAUGUUGAGUAUGACGGCCAGGAUGAGGAUGAUGAUGAUGAUGCCGGUCAUCCUGAGGACGACGAUGCUGGUCAUGCUGUGCCUACUGAAGAUGCUGAGGAUGGCGAGGAAAUAGAACAAGCCAAGCAUGACGUCUCCUCUCCCUGUCCAAGUGGCCAAGAUGAACAAUGCUGAGAGCAUGGCUUCUCUGCUCCUCGAAGUGAGUAGCGAGAUGGAGAAUACCGUGACAAAGCAUGGUCCAUCCACGGAGAAUAACAUUGGCAAAGGGACAACACUGAACUGAUAUUAUUGCCAUGCGUAGUGAUGAAGAUAGACAUGACCUGUAGGAAUAGCACACUAUAUGACUGGUCACAAAGUCACGGAGGAACACGCACACACACCCACACACACACACACACACACACACACACACACACACACACACACACACGCACACACGCACACCAAACACAUACACACACCAAACACCCAUCCAUUUAGACCUAUGAUUACCAGACUAACACCGACCACCUGAACAAAUCAUCAGACUCUAGACUAUCCGCUGCUGCUACUGCUACUCUUGCUGGUGGCUAAGAUAAUCUGCAAACAGAAGAUGACUUUCUAGGAUCCAACUUGUCUUUUUGUUUGUAGUCAGUAGAUAUUGCGGUGCAAGGCUGUAGAAUCAAUCUUUUUGUUUGUAGUCACUAGGUGUUGCGGUGCAAGGGUGUAGAAUCAAUAUCGUGGUCGCCAGAUCACCCACUAUGGCACUACUUUCGCACUGCACAAUUUUAGGCUGGAUAGAACACAGUAGCGCCGCCGAGAUAGCUUGUAACAGUUAGCUGUGCUUAUAGUGCACACCGUGCUCAGCCACGGUAUUCAGUGUACAUUCUUACUCUAGGUAUUUACUUCAGAUAGGUUAUCCCAGAGUCUGGUGGGAAAAGAAUAGCUUGAUAGGAUCUUUCUUUAUAGCCGCAGAUUGUUCACCAUGUUGCGGAAUGUGCUGAUGCACAGUUUGACCCACCAGUCACGAUCUUGGUUGUACUUCAAAGUAUAAGUGUUGGAAAACUGCCGAUAAAUUGCUUAUACCUUUUGUAGAAAGGAAAAGGACAUAUGGAAACCAAUUUUUCAAUUCUGCUUUUAUUAUUGGCUCAAUACCCGAGUUUCAAAUUGUAUACCUUUAGUCCUUUUCUUUUUUUUAAUCCUUCACUCUCCAUCUGAGUUGAAAAAGUUAGCAUUGCUUGUGCAGCAAGGAGCCCCUUGCAUCUCCGUAACAUUGUCUAACUAGUUAGCGUAGGGCUCCCUGCUAGGCGUCAGGUGCAAGACAAAUUCCCAAGUCCAUGAGUGCGGCAGGGAAUCAUUAUGCCUGUAUCAGGUCAUGCUUGGAGCUCAACAGAGGCUGCGCAUACACCACAUUCAUCAGAGGCUGCACAUACACCACAUUCAUUUUCUCUAUGUUGAGACUCCGGCGCAGCCCACAGCAUUUUGCUGCAAUAAUGAUUGUUUCCUUCAUUUCACUCUCAGCGUGUUUUUCACAUUCCGAAUAUUUUGCAGUCCA